AGCUCAUGCUUCGGUUUUGACCCGCCGCGGGGAGCGGAGGGAGACGGCCCAGCCCCGCCUCGCACCGAUGGGGAUAUCCGGGGCGGGGGGCUGCUGGGCUCGCGGCGGCGCCGCCAUGGAGAAGUACAGGCAGUUCGGCGAUGGCGGCACCGGGGCGAACCCCUUCGUGCCGACCUGGUCGCACUACAAGUUGUCGCUGCCGCUGCGGGUGCUGAAGGUGCUCGUGAUGCUGCCCGUGUCCGCGGCGCGACUGGCACUCUUCGUGGUGGCUGUCAUAUGGCUGGCCAUUGUGGAGCUCGUGUGCUCUCUUAUCCCGAUUGGUAUUAUCAGGUAUCCUGUGUACCGGCUGUUGACUUAUUUCGGCUGCGCGGAGCUGCGCUGUUCGCCGUGGGCGUCGUGCCGGCGGGGAAUUGUCUGGCGGACCACCGCAGGCUGAAGAUCCCGCCCGCCAAGGAAACGGGCCAGGUCUUCGAUGCCAGGCGGGGAAGCUUGGUCAUCGCGAACCAGCAGGGCUUCACCGACGUUUUGUAUCUGUGCAUGAAGCUCUGCCCGACCUUCGUGUUCCCGGCGAGCGGCGGCGAGCCCACGCAGGUCUCGUUGCUGGGAGCCCUCAGGACCGGGAGAGCGGGGUGCCUCCUUCUUCCUCAUCCUUCUUUUUGUCCUCCCUCCUUCUCCUCCUCCUUCUCCUCCCUGCUCCCUCCUCGUCCUCCUCCCUCCUUCUCCUCCUCCUCCUCCCCCUCCUCAUCGUCCUCCUCCUACUCCAUCUCCUUUCCUUCUGUUAUUCUUCCUCCUCCCCCCCUCGGGGUUAAGAAGGCUGCCAGCUGCCCGACUGCCCGAGCCCCCUCCCGCCCGAGCCCCAGGCGCGCAGGCGCUCGUCGCCUUGGCAUGCCGCCCGAGCACCCCGUGCAGCUCAAGGAGACCCCGCACCAGGCACGGGCGUCCUGGGGCGGGCCCGUGGUCAUCUUCCCCGAGGGCGCGCGUACGAACGGCAGCUGCGUGCUGGCCUGGAAGGCCAGAUCCUUCGAUGGCGUGGCGGUCCCCGACAAGCCGCUCGAUGCCGCGCUCGUUGCACUGGAGAUCCUUGUAUUCCAAGACUGGUGCGUACACCCCGCACCACACCGUGGGCACAGCGUUCCGGCACGUCUUCUGGCUCUGCUUCCAGCCGUGGCACACUGUGAGGAGAGCGUGUGGCUGCCGGCCAAGGACGCCGCUGGCGCCACCAAGGAAGGCAAGCCGCCCGCCGAGCAGAUCGCCCUGCUGCGGACGGUGCUGGCGCGCAUGCUCCCCGGCGCCGUGGAGGUGCAGGUCGGCGCGGACAAGCACCCGGAGUUCAUGGCGUAUUGGGAUGCGUCGCAGCGCAAGCGGUACACCAACCAGAAGAAGGCGUAGUGGUUGGCUGGCCCGCGGGCGAAUUGGCCUGCUCUCCAGAGGAACGGCAGCUAGA